UCCACCCUUCCCCAAUUCACAAACGCGGCAAUUAGCCGGGCGAUUCUUCAGAACGGUCAUAGCCCUGUCGUCCCUUGUACGCCCUCGAUUUCGUCUCCUUCGCCUUUCGUCACUACCGGUGCCACAGUCGGAGUCAUUGCUAACUCAUUCCUUUGGCCUGUCUAGGGGAAUCUAGACAAUUUGUGCCUUUGAGAUCUUAAUCAACGCCGGGGAGCACGCUGAAUCUACUGGAGCCGACAGCGCUGACAAGAACUUGGCCAGUUCAUCCUAGACUUCUCCUCCCUGUAUUUGAUGAGAUAAUUGUUUGAGAUGAGUUUUUAAGGCGAAGUGCACCUAAUGACCCUGUAGGAUCAAGAGAAAUGGACAGAAACAACAGAGGAAAAGUGGGGAAGGAUAACGUAGAACUGGAUAACAAUAAAAAUGGUGAUGUCUGUUGGUGGUUGUUGCAUAAAGGCCUUACAUCUUUUUUCCUGUGCAUUUCAAUGUUCGGAUUGUUGGUUCGCUGGACUGUCUCGUUACAUUCAUACUCUGGUGCUGGAAAUCCCCCCAAGUUUGGCGAUUAUGAAGCACAGAGGCAUUGGAUGGAGAUCACAGUUAACCUUCCUGCUCAAGAUUGGUAUAUUAAUAGCACAAAAAAUGAUUUGAGUUACUGGGGUCUUGAUUACCCACCUCUUACUGCCUACCAAAGCUAUAUUCAUGGACUUUUCCUCAGAUUCUUUGACCCCGAAUCAGUUACCCUCUUUACCUCGCGUGGUUAUGAAUCAUAUACUGGGAAGCUACUCAUGAGAUUCACAGUUCUGUCAUCUGAUCUCCUGAUAUUCUUUCCUUCUGUCCUUUAUUUUAUUCAUGCCUAUUAUGAUGUUCAUUCAAGAGGCCGUAAAGCUGAUGUUGCAUGGCACAUUUUACUCAUUCUAAUCAAUCCGUGCUUGGUCUUGAUUGACCAUGGGCAUUUUCAGUAUAAUUGCAUCAGCUUGGGCCUUGCCUUGGCUGCUGUUGCUGCCAUUCUCUCACAAAGAGACCUGUUAGCUUGUGUUCUCUUCUGUCUGUCUCUCAACCAUAAACAGGUGUUGAUCCCUUUGCCUCUUAUUUUCAACACAAUUAGGUUAGGCAGUAGAUGGGCCAGGAUGAGGCUUCGUUGUCUCUAAUCCUCAUGAGGUGUGGUGGCAACAUGUCAUGGAAUCUUUUUGCGGGAGUAACCUUUUUCCUUUGGUCUGCUUUGCAAAAGAACUGGUUUGUAAUUUAUGGAAAAUGUUAGAUUGACAGAUGACAUGUUUAAGUUUUCAUGGAAAGUUCACGCAUCAGGAGAUAGGUUUUUCUUUGCAGAAGAGCUUACAAUAAUAGAUAGGGAUUGGGAGAAAUGGUAAAAUCAACAGCUACUGUCAUCUUCCUGGCAACUGUUUGUUCAAUUCCUUUGCACAAUCCACUGAUGCGGUGAUGCCAGGUUCCCUCUAAAAGUUAGUAGGAGUCUUGUAAAAAAAACAUUCUUGAAUGCUCUUGUAGUUCUGUUUUUUUUCAUAGUUAUUCUGCUUGUUUGUUUCACUGAUUUUUCCUGUCAUGCUGCAACAUUACGUAAAUGUAUUCUGUAUGUGAAGUAGAAUUUUCAUUUUGUACUUUAGUUGGUACAUGUACAUACUGUCAUUCUGAGUUUAUCUACGCCCUUGAUAUUGCAUGUGCUAUUAAAAUUCCGAGAGUACAUGGGGCUAUUAAAAGGUGUUUCUCAGGCAUGAUGCUAUCAGUGCAACUGGAACUGGUUAACUACUUGAGGCCGUCAUACAUUAUAAGCUGAUAAAAUACUAUUUCAAGUUCUGAGAAUUGCCACCUUCAAAUAUUGAACAACUGAAUGAUGGUGCCUUUUCUUGAACUUUGUAGUGUGUGAUGAUCUGAAAAAAAUAUGUUAUCCUUUUGCUUGGUUCUUAUGGAUAUGUUAUUCUAGUGAUAAAGUUCUUUUUUUCUUCAUAUUUUUCUUCUCCAGAUGAGUACAUAUUUUGCACCAGCAUUUUUCAGCCACCUAUUGGGUAAGUGCCUGAGACGAAAACAUCCUUUGCUUGAGAUUUCAAAAUUGGGGUUGGUGGUCCUGGGAACGUUUGCAAUGGUUUGGUGGCCCUAUCUUCAUUCCAGGGAUGCUGCUUUACAGGUUCUCUCUCGCCUCGCUCCUUUUGAGAGAGGGAUAUAUGAGGACUAUGUAGCCAACUUUUGGUGCACUUCUUCUGUUCUCAUCAAGUGGAAGAGAUUAUUUCCAACACAGUCACUGAGACUUUUCAGCAUGGUUGCCACCAUAUUAGCAUGUCUUCCUUCAAUGAUUCAGCAAAUAUUGGCUCCCAGUAGCAAAGGUUUCCUUUAUGGAUUGCUGAAUAGUUCUCUCUCGUUCUACUUGUUUUCAUUCCAAGUACAUGAGAAGUCUAUUCUGCUGCCUCUUCUUCCUGCAACACUCCUGGCGAUGGAAUGGCCACGUCCAUUCAAGUUACUGACUCACUACGCUUUGUUCUCGAUGUUCCCUCUAGUAUGCAGAGACAAUUUGAUUCUGCCAUAUAUUGCUUUGUAUGCUCUCUGUAUCUUCCUCUACCAUCCACCUGGUGGAAGAUGGGAUGACUCUAAGAGGCAAGGCUCUACCCCUCUCUCUUUAGUCUCUGUUCUCUUGACCCUUGCAUAUCUAGGCUCACUUGUGCUUCAUAUUGUUUACUUGACUGUCCGUCCCCCAGAGAGAUACCCUUUUCUAUUUGAAGCUUUGAUAAUGCUUCUCUCCUUCUCUCACUUUGUUCUGUUUGCUUUCCACACCAACACAAAGCAGUGGAUGUUGUCAGGACACUUGAUAGGAAGUGACAAAGGAAAGAAACAACAUUGAAACUGUGUUUUUAAUGUUUAGGCCGAUGUAGAAACUUCUUAGUGCUGUGCUAUUUACUUUGAGUGAGGACAUACAUAAGGUAACAAUUGCACUUGCACUUUGUUGCUGCCAAACCCUAAUGAAGCUUUUUAUUCACUGAUCUUUGUGUUUACCGAUUU